AUGGUAACGAUAUCAUAUACACUAUUUUUUGUACUUAUUUUGGUACUGUCAAUACUGGGAGGAUAUAAUGGUAUGGUAUAUGGAUUUGAAAUGAAAGACUUUGAGUCAUAUUUAAGGUCCCUUAUUGGUUUUAGUAAAAAUAAUGACUCAACAAAUGAGAAACUAAAGUAUAAGUACAAAAGUUAUAUGCAACAUUUUAAUUUAUUACAGGAAUUAGAGCUUAAAUGUUCAAAUAUAAUUAAGAUAUAUAACUAUACCAGUAAAAAAAAUCUUUAUUGUGGAGAAUCAAAAUGUCAGUACCUCCAUAUAAAACUUGGACUUUCUAAUCUUAAUUAUGAUGUACCUAAUAUAUUACUUGUUUCAGGAAUACAUGGAGAUGAAAAAUUAGGUGUAGAAAUAGCCACUGAAUUUGUAAGUUCUAUUUGUGACCAAUAUAUUACUAAUCAAAAUGCUGGGGUCAAGUAUUUAUUAAGUACUAGAAAUAUAUGGAUUAUUCCAAUAGCUAAUCCUUGGGGUUUCUAUCAUAAUAAAAGAACUGAGGAAGAAAUUGAUGUGAAUAGAGAUUUUCCUUCAGAAAGUGGUGAGAAUUGUCUUCAAAGUGAAAGCUCCAGGAUGAUUUAUGAUCUUUUUAAUUUGAAAUCAUUUGUAUUUGUUGCAGCUUUGCAUGGUGGAUUAAAAAGUAUUUCUUAUGGAAAUGGUUACUCUGAUAUUAGUGAUGAUAAUAACAAAAUCUUUGAAUUUAUUGCUAAAGAUUUACAGGCAUCGGCUGGAAAAAUAUUAAAUAAUAAUAAUCAUGUUAAUAAAUUAAGUUAUUUUUAUGAUAAAAUUGGUAGUAUAGCAAAAAUUGUGUAUCCAGUAAAAGGAGGAUUUGAGGAUUGGUCUUUUUAUGGAUAUAAUGUAAACCAUAUAUCAUGUAGUAACUAUCUCCAAAAAACUCACUCUGCAAAUCAAGGAGGAUCUAUGACUUUUCUAAUAGAAACUGAUUACCAAAAGACUCCGAGUCAAGAUUCUCUUGGCUAUAAGCCUGAUUUAUUCAGUUUGAUUGAUUUGGAUAAGCUUUCUAUCCAACCUUCUCAUAUUACUAGAAAUCUUAGAAUGCUACUUAAACUGGUUGAAUAUACUUAUCCAGAUAUUAUCUUCUUUAAUAAACCACCAGAUACAGUUUAUUUUGGUCAAACUUUUGUUCUAUAUAUAGCAGUCAUUGGCUGUUAUUCUUUUAGUAACUUAAAGCUUAAACUUGAAAGUAAUAACUCUUCUCAAAACCAACCUGAACAACAGCCAAUAUACCUUAAUUUUCUUGUGAAUGAAGGACUAAAUGGCUUUCAAAACACUAUUUAUUAUAUGAGAUGUUCUUCCAUAUUUCUAAAUAACCAAGAAAUAAAAGAUAUUCUAAGUAAUAAUUCACUUUAUUCCUCUAAAGACAAGUGUAAUGAUUCAAAUCUACUUACAAAAAUUGUUAAUAGAAGUUUUAGAGUUAAAAACAAAUGUAAAUCUAUCUAUCAAUCUAAUAAAUUUAAACCUAUUAAGAUUUUAGUAAAGGUACCGACCGAGACAAAAAUUCUAAAUUCUAUUAAUGGUGAAAUUGAAAAAUUCAAUUUUAAAGUAGAAUUAGAAUUUGACCUUGAACUUACUCAGAAUAUUUCCAAUUCAAAUAAAAACUUAUUUGAAAAAUUUACCAGACUUAGAUCUUCACAAAAUGGAAAUAGAAUUGAUAGGCCUAAUGUAGUACCAAUCAUACAAGAAUACCCACAUAAUCAAAUACAAGGGUCAGAUCCUGAUUUAUCCCAUCAAUUAUCUGGAUUCCAAAUCAAAAUUGUUAAACCUCAAGAAGUAUUGCAAAUAGAGUUUUCCAGUUGUUCUGAAUCUUUUAUCCAGAGUAAUGGAAAAUGGGUCAAAUCAUGUUUAGCUUUUCAAGAAUUUACUAAAAAGGUUUUAAACAUGGAAGAGCCCUCAUCCAAAGAUUCUAAAGAACUUUCUAACAUAAUGCAGUAUAUUCAUUCAAAUGAAAUUGGAACUUCUGGUAAUCAGAAAAUAUUUCUAGAUAAUAUGAAUCUUAUUAAAGAGAAUUCCCACAAUGAAUUACAGGGUAACCUGUAUGUUAUUCCAAGCGAACCAAGAACCUCAAUAAUUAGUAGAAAUACAAAAGGAGGUAAUGAAAAGAUGGAGACAAUAAAACCUAUACCUUCUUUAUUAGAAAAUGAAAGUGAGAUUUUAACAACUUUACCUUAUUUUAACAACAUUACUUUAGAACUAACAGUAUCUAUUAGUAGUGAACCUAAAAAUAAUGGGGAAUAUGUAAUCCUUAAAUUUCCAGAAUUUUUAAAUCUUUUAAAUCUAAAUAUAUUUAGAUACCAUAACAUAGAGAAGGUCUUGAUAAAUUCCGACAAAAAAUUGAAUUCAGUAGGAGUUAUUUCUAUAAGUGAUUUUCAUGGGGAUGAAAAUGAGGAAAUACCAUUUCAAAGUAUAAAGGCUAUUUCUAGACAGAGAAUCUUUGAAAUGGUCACAGAUAUACAAACUAAGGAAGAUUUUAACCAGUUUACUCAAGAUGAUAAUAUUGAAUUGCUUGGUAAACAUUAUGUUAUUUUAAGAUACCUUAAAAAUAACCUAAUUUCAAUGGCAUUAGGAAAAGUCUAUAUAGAUAAUUAUAUUAAAAACUCACUUGGAACUAAUAUCCAAGAAUUUCAGACUUUAAAAAAUACCAAUAUCAAUUUAAUAGAAGAUAUAAAUAAUAAUAUUAAACAUUAUAACGGAAUUCAAGAAGAUAAUAACAAUAAUAGUGAGCCUAUAACUGCUUUAAAACAAAAGCUUUCUUUGUGGUGGUACAAUAACUCAAAAGACUACGUAGAUUUUAGACUAGUUUUGGUUUUCUGUGGACUAUUUAUGGUAAUGUUUGCAUUUGUAUUAAUUUCAAUUAGAAUAUUAAGAUACUAUAAGUGGGUACCUUUUAAAUCUUUAAAAUUUGAACUCAAAAAGAGAUUUAGAACUAACUCAAAGAUAUUCACAAUAGAUAUUUCUAGUGAUGAAGAUUCUGAAAAAAGUGAGGAUAAAGAAAAGAACUUUAGUGGAAAGAGAAAGAAAAGAAGGGUUAAAUCUAGAAAGAUUUAUGAUCCACAAGAUAACUGUUAUACUCCUAGAAGUGAUUAUGUUUCAAAUAAAAAUUAUACUCUUUCUCAAAGGUUUAAUACAAAUAAUUCUGAACCAAAUGAAAGAGCAAAAGAAACUCCAUCAAAUAGUCCAAGUUCUAAAGAUUAUAAAUUAUCCAAUUUAAAUCAUACUUUAAGCAAUUCCUCCUUAUCUUCUUUUGAUCAUUUUAAAUCCAGAACUAAUACUAUGAAAGAACUUGAAAUUAUUGAAAUGGAAAGAAAUUUAGAUAUUGGAAUGUUAAAUCCAAAUCAAAACAAUGUUUUACCUAAAAAUACCUAUACUGAAUUAUCCACAUCAAUUUCAAAAAAUAAUGCAAAAAACACAUAA